AUGCAAAAUUUUCUCACAAUGCAAUGCUCAAGGUGUUCGAAUCACGUUGAGGAGUGGCAAAUUUUUUCAAACGCUUGCUUGCAUUGCUACUGUACAGACUGUUUUUUUUAUUUGCUUGAAAAGAGUGAUGCUGAGAGUAAAUGCCUCUCAGCUUGUGAAGAAUGCACUAAAGGAUUCACAGAAAUGCUUUUUGAUAAUUCAGAUAGAUCAGCUAUAUAUAAUAGUAACCAUCAAGAAAAUCUUACUCUUCAACUUUCAUCGAUUAGAUAUCCCAUAAAUCAUGAAGAACCUAUUUCUCAGCCAGGUGAAGACACUUUAGUAGAAAAUUACAAACAAAAUAAAUGCGAUAGAUGCAAAGUAAAAAAUUCUGAUUUUAAAUGCAAUCAUUCAAUCUGCAUGGAUUGUUAUGUAUAUUUAAUUUAUCCUUCUAUUCUUGAAGCAUGCUACAAAAUUUAUCACCACUCCAACCAAAUUACUUCCCCUUACUGCUUAGGAUGUAUUGAUGAUAAAUGUAAAAAGUCAUACCAGUCAAUUCCUGCUGAAUAUUUUAUUGAUUUAUUGAGCAGAACAGAGAGGACGAGCUAUUAUGAAGAAAAAGAUUUUGUUAUUCAAGUGAUGACUGCUUUUCUACCUUUAUUUAACGGAGUCCCAAUGACGAUUAUAGAGUGUCGUCAUUGCUCGAGGCCAAUGGGCAAACUAUCAAGCACAGAUUUCAAUUGCCAGUGGUGCUGAAAUGAAAAUUUUAUCUCUUAA